UUUAUACGAGUAUAUUAUAUUUUUACUGCUUCCUGGAAUGAAAACACAACAGUCGAAUUUGUUUAGGGUUGUGAUGUUUAUAAAUUACGGUCGAAGUCGUAAUUGAUUGCCACUAGAUCUAAUGGCUGGUGUGCACAACGAGCGACCUGCUUAAAAAGUGGUGGUAAUCGGCCAAAUGGGCGUCGGCAAGACGUGCAUCACGCUCCGAUUCGUCACUGACGAAUUCAGCACGGUAGGAACGACGAUGGGCGUGGCGUUUCUCAGCCAGUCCGUCUUGAUCGGGCACACUCCGGUCAAACUGGAGAUUUGGGACACUGCCGGCCAGGAGCGUUUCAACGCCUUCGUUCCGCUGUACUACCGCUCCGCGCGGGCCGCCAUCAUCGUCUACGACAUAACGGAUCGCGAAUCUUUCGAGAAAGCUGCCGAUUGGGUGCGGAAAGUGCAGGAAGAAUCGGGCGAUGGGAUCUGCAUGACACUCGUCGGGAAUAAGACCGAUCUGGAGGAACUGCGGGUGGUAUCUUCAGAAGAAGGCCACACACUGGCGGAGUCCUUUGCAGUUAACUUCACAGAGACUUCGGCCAAAAGCGGGCAGAGUGUGUCGGAGCUGUUUGUGGAGAUGGCGAGGCGGCUUGUUGACGAAGAUCGACAGCGGGAGACAAAGCGCGGGAAAUCUUUGUCGUUGAAUGGCGACAGUUCUGCGAUAGGAAAAGGUGUUUGUUGUUCUUACUUUUCUUAGUUAUCGCUCAACGCUUGCCGUAUUCUUGCAAAAUUCUGGAAUAUAAUUUAUGUAGCUGUUGGAUUAAAUAGU